GUUUUGUCAUUAAACGUUUAUAGCAAAUGACACUUCCAACUGGAAAUUCCCAAGGGAAAUUCCAAUUUACGGGGUUACAUAAAUGGGCAUAACAUCACUUUUCAAUGCUAAUUCUACAACAUGUCUUCCAAAGAAAGAACUCCUCAGAAAAAAUACUACAAAGAAAAAAACGAUAUAUGCUGUCUUUGCGGUGACGACAAACUUUCUGGCAAAUUUACAGAUAUUUUUAGCUCUGUUGGUAGACGAAAAGGGAUUGCUGAAAAAAUAGAGAACGUACUCGGCAUAGCCUAUGAAGAAAUCGAAGGACGACCUACGAAAUUGUGUCGCAGUUGCCAAGGAAAGCAAGAUAAUUUUUUUGCAUUUAAAGUGUCCGCAUUCGAAACGCACAAGGCCAUUAUUAGGCAAGUUACUUCAAAGAGAUGCAUUGUGUUUCCUCCAAGUGAGUCUGGUCCUAGCACAAAAGCAAUUUGUACCGUAGACGUGGAAACCCCUGUCCUUGAUCUGACAGAGGAAAACACCUUAACUGGUCCAAGUGAAAUUAGCUCGACAAAUGCUGACCGUAAUUUUGAAGUAUGAAAAACUACUAUAUAUACAUUAUUUAUUUUAAACAUUGAACAUGUUAGAAAUUAUACUUAUUAUAGAGUGACUUAUUAUUGUAAUAAAUAUUGUUAUCAUUCAUCACGUUUCAAGUCGUCAAUCCGUCUCGAAAUUACUUAAAUGAUGAAGAAAAAGGGGAUCUUUUGAAAGCUAUCGAGUCUGGAUCGUACUCGGUUGUUGCACGCGCGGUGGCGGGGAUUGAUGUACCAAAACAGGAGUUCAACGAAAUACUCUUGAAGGAACUGCAACAACAGUGUGAAAACCUGUGCGCAAGAUCAAACCCAUCGGUCCUAAGAAAAAAUGACUUUUCUGGUAUGACUAAGUUUGACUGGCAGAAUUUGGUAUUAGAAAUGUCAUUUCGUUGUCCAUUAGCGUUCCAUGUUGUACGGACAGUUAUGAACUGUUACUCAAAGGAAAUCACGAAUGAAGCAGCUCCCAGACUUGGCCUGUGCUAUGCAAUUAUGAUGCAGACCAGAAACCACGAACUAAGCUUGGUGCAGCGUUUAAACACGAUCCUUUUGACCGAAGGCAAUGCAAAGAAGAAGGUUACUAUAUUAUGUUUUCAUAGUGAUAACUAUAUAGACCCAGAGCACUGACGUCACAAAUUUUUACAGUGUGUUCUCCAGAUCACAGAAUAUCCUCCCUAAAGGCGGUUUUCCACUAGCGAAGUUUUUUCGCGCGAAGCGACCUUUUUCCUUUGUCGGUAUCACUUAUUACGUCAGCGAGACGUUUCAAAAUGGAUGCCAGCAAACAGUGCCGUCGCGAAGGAUUCGCUUCAGGGGGUGGGGGGGGGUUCGGUUAAAUCUACCUGAAAGUCUCAAAAUUUCGAAUUUUACCUGAAAAUUUUUUUUAGGAAAAAUUUUUUGGCGACCUCUCACCCCCUCCCCCCCGUCGCCAAAAAAAUUUUGGUUAGUGUACCAUUUUAGGGGUAAAAAAAUUUUCCGAACAUAUCAAAAUUUUUCGCGACAUAAAAAAAUUUUCCAGAUAUCAAAAAUUUUCCAGAUAUCAAAAAUUUUCCAGAUAUCAAAAAUUUUCUCCGUUUAUCAAAUGAAUUUCUCUAAAAUAUUCUAAAAUUUUAGUAAAUAUACCCGAUUUUCCGGUGCACCCCUAACCUUGAUUGGAUAAAUAGCAAACUCAGGAGAGUUUUUGCCAGCUCGUGAGUUGACAAUUUGAGAAAAUUAAGUUUAAAAUAUUUGUAGAUAUUUUCUCGACAAACAAACCUAAUUUAAAGGCUUGAAUAGGCAUCUGGAAAGUUUAAAAUGAGCAAACUGCAUGUUUUCAACUACACUAAAGCUCUUGCUGUCUCCAUCACCAAACAGUUCAUCACAUUGACGUUUACGUGAACUUACUGAGUGCUCAAAUAUAUGCUUUGCGCCUUCCAGCUCAAUAGCUGGUGCUGAUCCAAUAUAGUUUGUUUUACACUUUAAGGCAUGUUCUGCUUUCAUUUCUUCAGUCUCUAAGUCAUCUUUGCCUCAAACUUCAUACAGCUGUGACACACUUUACUGAGAGGCUCCACAUCUAAAAUUUUAGCAGUUUCCAUGGAGAUUACCGGAAACACAACCACGUAACGAAGAGAAUCCCCUUCUUUGCCAGGUACCGUCACAUGAUAUAGCACUCCAUUCUCACCACAUUAUUACUUUUCAAAUUGUGGAGUUUGCCAACAGCAUGUUUCAUGGUUGAUUCAGCUACUUCUUUGGUAGCAUGCAAGAUGGCAUUUGUGCGGUAA